AUGUCCUUGCAGGAGAUGGCGCAUUUCUUGAGAGGCAAGCAAGCUGGUAUCCAGCAUGACUUGUCGGAAGGUCUGGUUGCAGACUUCUUCCAGAUUGACGAGUUUGAACGAUGUGGUGUGAAUUCGAAGAUAAGCGUCAUCGCGUAUGACCCAGUUCAAUCCCUCCUUGCUGUCGGCACCAACGAUACUCCAUACGGCAGUGGUCAGAUCUAUGUCUUUGGACAGCGCCGAGUGCUGGCCACCUUUCAAUUCCCGCGGAAAUCCUCGGCCAAGUUCCUCCAGUUCUGUGCCGACAAGCUCAUCAGUGUCGAUUCCAAAAACGAAAUCAGCAUCUACUCCCUCGAAACCAAACAGCUGGUGACCUCCUACGCACCCCCGGGCCAGGCCACAGCACUUGCGACAGACCCAAGCCUUGACUACGCAUUCAUCGGCCUCUCGAACGGCGAGGUUGUCGCAUACGAUCUCGAUCGAGAAUCCUUGACCGCAUACAAAAUUCCAAAUCUAUGGCUGCAAGUAAACUCCCGAGCCCGACUUUCUCCAGUCGUGUCGCUCUCGUUCUCUACGCGUGAUAUUGGAAAAAUCCUCAUCGGAUACUCAGAAGGAGCAGUGACAUUCUCAUUCAAACAAAAUGUCGCGCAGAAGUACUUCAUUUACGAGGUGCCUUCUGGUGCCCCAGGUGGAGACCCGGAAGCGCCUGCCAGCGGAGUACGCAAGCCCAGGAUGACCGAAGCCGUCUGGCAUCCAAAUGGACACUUUGUUUUGACUGUUCAUGAGGACACUAGCUUGGUUCUUUGGGAUUCAAAGGAUGGCCGCAAGCUCCAUGCUCGUACGCUCCAAGCCACGAAUGUGGACCAACCGGGUGGCUCGAGGCCUGCUGGACCAGAUGGUCAGACCACGGGCCCUAAAGAACCUAUUGUGAAGGUAGCAUGGUGCGCGAAGGAUAACCCCGACGAUACUGGUCUGCUUGUUGCUGGUGGCCGGCAUGUUGGCGAACCAAACAAAGGCCUCACUUUCCUGGACAUGGGCCCGACUCCGAACUAUCAGACAUCUUCCUGGCAGGUACUUUCCAGUUAUUUUGAGAGAACACGCCGAGACAUAUUGCUACCAAUUCCUCCGGGUGCACAGGUCAUCAACUUUUGUGCCAUUCCCCGCUCUUCUCCCUAUUUCGCGGGUGUACACGAUCCGAUUGCGUUGCUCACUGUACUUUCUUCGGGAGAGUUGGUUACGAUGAGCUUCCCCAGCGGACAUGCCAUUACGCCAACCAACAUGCUACACCCAUUCCUGUCUUUCGUUCACCCAUUCGUGAAUAAAGCCACUCUUACGCCAGUCGAUCGUACUGCCUGGCUCGGACUGAGGGAGCGCAGAAUGCAAGGGCCUAAGUUUGUACUUGGAGGCGCAGAAGCCAAGAACCCCCUCAAGCGCUUCGAAAAACGAAACGUCAUUACCACUGCGCACGCAGAUGGGACGGUUCGUCUCUGGGAUGCUGGCCACGAUGAUGAGAUUGAGAAUGGCGAUGCUGUUCAGGUCGAUUUGGCUAGAGCUGUUGGCCGAGUCCGAAACAUCGAAGUUGCUGAAAUAUCACUGUCAGGUGGGGGCAAUGAACUCUCUCUUGGCCUUCGAACCGGAGAACUAGUCGUUUUUAGAUGGGGCAACAACCCUUCUCAGGGCCACGAGGAAGCCGUCGGUACAAACCAAGCCGGGAAACUGACUUCGAUCGGCCACCGAACCGAUCCAGGCCUGAAAACAGGACUGAUUCCCCUGACCUUACUAGAUAUGCAACAAGGACCGGUGACGGCUUUGAAGCAUAGCCAAGUAGGUUUUGUGGCUGCAGGGUUUGAAGGUGGCAGUCUUGCAAUAAUCGACCUACGCGGCCCUGCAAUUAUUCAUACUGCACACUUUUCUGAAUUUUCAAAGACGCCCAAACGCAGUAGCUUUGUACGAAAGAAGAGUGGGACUGAGGAUGCUCCGCCAGAAUGGCCUACGUGCAUUGAAUUUGGUGUGAUGACCUUGGAGGGUGAGGAUUACUCGAGCAUUUGCUGCUUUGUUGGCACAAAUCGAGGAAAUGUGGCAACCUUCAAGAUUCUACCAACCUCAAAUGGUGCUUACACGGCUGCGUUUGCGGGUGUCUCUAACAUGGAGGAUAAGAUCACUAAUCUGAUCCCAAUUGACGCCGACUCUGGUGAAAGUGCUCUCGCUACGCCAAACUCAGUCGGUGGGUUGAGAAAUGGUACUAAGAUAAAUGGUGUUCUCAUUGCAGUUUCGCCUUCUAGUUGCCGGAUCUUCAAGCCUGCGACAUCCAAGGGUGCACACAAGACAUGGGACGACUAUUUUGUUGACUCCUCGGCGGUUGUGAAGACUGAGGGUCGUGGAUACAGCCUCGUCUGUCUUUGCGGCGAUGGAAAUGCCCGCGCGUUCUCUAUUCCUGCUCUGAAAGAAAUUGGCUGCAGCAAAAUUAACCACAUUGCUGAUAUGAGGCGACUAUCUGAGGCACAUAUCACGUCCACUGGGAGUGUAAUGACAUGGGCUGGCCCAUCUGAACUUGGAUUGUUCUACGUCUGGGGAGCUGGCCACAAAAUGAACCCUUCCCAGGACCGACUGUUUGACACCGCGAAGGUUACACCUCCUCGACCCACGAUUACAAACAUGCAAUGGAUCUCGGGAACUCAAUAUAUCUCCCCGCAAGAUAUGGACAUUUUGAUUGGCGGACCUGACCGCCCACCCUCGAAGCGGAUGGCCGAACAAAUGAGACUAGACGAGCAAGAGCGCCGACAAGCACUCCGAGAAGGCCGUGCGCCACCUCCAGGACCGAGCGACCAGGAUGGCUACUGGUCAUCCAUGACGCGUGGUAUCCAGGAGCGCACCGAACGGCUCGGGAUCGCGGGUGACACCAUGGAGCGAUUAGAGGAAAAUAGCAGUAGCUUCGCUAGCGAUGUAGGCAAAUACGUACAGAAUCAGAAGAGGAAAGCUGUUUUUGGUGCGCUGGGAUCCAAGUUCGGAUUCUAA